AUGGGACUCCUCUCGGAGCCCGUCGCAGGUAGGGAUAUAGAACUCGUUGGGGAACAUGCGAUGCAGCAAAAUAAUCUUGCAAUUCCGCCGAUGGGCCCCGAUCGGUGCAAACACUGCAAACGAGCUUACACCCGCGAGCAUCUGGACAACUGUUUGGCCAAGGCUUGGUAUGUCUAUCUUCUUUGUUUUGAACGAAUCUUCUUUUUUUUAACGCUACAAUUGACGAUGGUCGCUAAACUCUUUGGCCUCGCUGCCGGACUCCUCGUGCUGGGCGGGAUUGCAAAUGCCCAUGGCUCGCAUUCAAGCGACCAACCUCCCUCCGACGAUUGGGCCACGCGCCACAUGAUAGAGGAACAUCACAUUGAAGCCUUUGACCCCCCUUCGUUCUUCAUCUUGCACGACUAUGACUCCUCGGGCACAUGGACCCACGACGAAGUGCGCAAGACAUACGGCCUAAAUGACCAAUCCAAUGCAGCUGUCAGUGAGGACAAGAAACAAGACGCUGUGCGCACAGUAUUUGCACUCUUCGAUCCUGGCAAUACGGGAUUUAUCACCAGGGACGAUUGGCUGCAGGGAAUCGCUGCGGGUAAGCGGUUGCCCGACCUGGGCUUCGGUCCCGGACAUCAUGGCGACAUUGAGUAUGAAUACGAGAUCCACCACUUUGAAAAGUACCAUGGAGAUGAUACCACUGAAGCGGACUUGACUCACCCCGAAGACAUUGAGCAUUUCAAGCAGCACGAUGAAGAGGAGGAUGCAGCUCUGCGGCUCGAGAAACUGGAGCAAAUGCAGGUCGUGGUGGGCAAUAUCCCUCAGAAGUUCCGGCGAAACAUGUAA